GAGAGCAAUAUAAAAGCCACCGAUUACCCAACCCGACUUCAUAUUUCACAGUCAGAGUCGCGUAAAGCCAGAAACACAGCGAGGUUGCCAAAGAUGAGCUCUUCGAUCAUUUUACUCAAGGCCACUCCAAUUUUGCUCUUGUUUCUUCUUUCCAACUUAGUUUCUGCGAAAACUAAGGAUGUCACAGAGUUGCAGAUUGGCGUGAAGCAUAAGCCAGAAUCCUGUCAGAUUCAGGCUCACAAAGGUGAUAGUGUCAAAGUUCACUAUCGGGGAACACUCACAGAUGGAACUGUUUUUGAUUCUAGUUACGAGAGGAAUGAUCCAAUUCAGUUUGAGCUCGGGACUGGUCAAGUAAUCAAAGGAUGGGACCAAGGACUGUUGGGAAUGUGCGUUGGUGAGAAGAGGAAGUUGAAAAUACCUUCUAAACUUGGUUAUGGGGAGCAGGGUUCUCCACCUACCAUUCCAGGUGGUGCAACACUGAUAUUUGAUACUGAGCUCGUUGAAGUGUUGGGGAAAACACCAAGUGAAGGAAAAACAACAAAUAGCGAGCUAUAAUCAUAGGAACAUCUCCUGUCAUCUCCAUUUCUCUUUUUGUUUUUGUCCCUUAAAACGUUUACUUUUCUAGCGGCUUAAUUUCAUGAGCCAAGACAUUAUUUGGUAUUUAAUGAGAGAAUAUUAAAACUUUUUAAACUGAA